UUUACAAACAAGUCGACCAUGAUCAUUGAUGCUCAGACCAUAAACAACUUUGAGAAGCGACCACUCUUGCAGCAUAUAUACCAGAUAUAACAUCCGAAAGUGACGACUCGGCCGAAUCGUACCAACACGAAUCAAUACAACCCAAUAGUCCAUCGCGCAUAACCAGCCAACUACUCUCUGUCUCACCAACUCUCUCUCACACAGCAAAGAAAGAGCCAAAGAGCACACACUAGGACUCAACAUCUUUCACAAUGGCAACCUCGACACCAACCACAGACCCCACAUCCAACGACCCAAAAGUCGCAGCCUCAGCCCUAGAUUUCUUACUCAUAGAACUAGUCCCUCUGGCCCAACGGAUAGCCGCAGACCUACACGCCAGAGACACUGCUUUGUUAUCGCAGAGGCUGGAUAGGGAUAUGACGUUGAAUGUAUCCACCGCUGCUGUAGCGGGGGACAAAAGACAGAGUGUAAAGAGCGAAGCACAAAAGGCAGAUGGAAGUGAAGUAGGCACAACAGGCACAACGGCAAGAAGCGAAGCAGCAAGACAAGGAGGCCCACAAGAUGAAGACGAGGAAGAAGAAGAAGAUCAACGACAAGAGGACGUGCUAUAUCGUCUCGACGCCCUAGGCUAUCGUGUAGGACUAGGACUUGUGGAAAAAUUCUCAGCCAACACACCCCGCCCCACAACCCCCCUCGACAUGAUAAAAUUCAUCUGCAAAGACCUCUGGCACCUCCUCUUCCGCAAGCAAAUCGACAAUCUAAAAACAAACCACCGUGGCACCUUUGUCCUCACCGACAACAAAUUCUCCCCUCUAUCCCGUAUGAGUGUGGAUAGAAGCAGAGGGCUCAAGGGAGCAGAAGAGGCACUGAGACUCGCUCAGCCGUUUUUGUAUUUUCCUUGUGGUGUCAUCAGAGGUGCCUUGGCUGGGUUUGGGUUGGGGGUUAGUGUGCAUGCCGAGACUGUCGAGUUACCGCAGGCGGUUUUUCAGAUUAGGACGGUGGGGCAGUAAAAAAAGGCCGUAAGGAGAUUGAGAGGGGAAAAGAGGUAUUUGAUGAUGAUGGGAAGGGAAGGAUGGAGUAUUCCAUCCCCAUCCCAAUCCCGUUCAUCCCAAUCCCCCAACUGUUCAUGUUUAUGGGAUAUCCCACGUCCCACGUCCUGGUACUAGCUUCCCAUGCCUCUCUGAUCACAUCCCAUCAUGAUCCAUGAAGUGCAUGUACCAAUCAAUGGAUCAACCUA